AUGUCAAAGAAAGGAGAAUGGCAGAAAUUGAAGGAGUCCAAAAAAAGACAGCAAAGACAAGAUGGAGAAGUCCAGGCAAAUACCAGCUCAAGUGAACUUGCUGCACUUAUACCUAAUGAAAAGAAGCAACCUUCUGUCACUGUGACUUCUGUAGAUGCAGUCUCACCUCACUCCUCUGAAGACUUUGCUAGUGAUGGCAAUAUAAACAUAUCCUUCACCAGUUAUCCAGUCCCGCCGCUGCACCCCGCAGUGCCCGGCCUUCGCCGCGCCGCCGUGUUCCACUCCCUGGAGGCUGCCCGGCGGGUGGGGGAGCAGUGCACAUCAUUAAUCCCUGAAGCCAAAGCUGUCCUUGAUCUAGUGGAUGAAUGCCCCAAACAUUUAAAAAAAGGAAAUUUUCCUGUUAUAGUUAUUGAAGGACUGGAUGCAACAGGCAAAACCACUGUAACCCAGUCCGUCAAGGACUCAUUGAAGGCACUUCUGUUAAGAUCACCACCAGCUUGUAUCAGCCAGUGGAGGAAGACUUUUGAUGAUGAACCAACACUCAUCAGGAGGGCAUUUUAUGCUCUGGGCAACUACAUUGUUGCUUCAGAAAUAGCAAAAGCAUCGACUGAGUCACCUGUGAUUGUAGACAGGUAUUGGCACAGCACAGCUGCCUAUGCAAUUGCCACUGAAAUAAGUGGGAAAGUGAAAAAUCUUCCUCCAGCUCACCAUCAAGUGUAUCAGUGGCCAGAGGACCUGCUCAAACCUGAUCUUAUCCUGCUGUUGACAGUUAGUCCUGAGGAGCGAAUCCGGAGAUUGCAAGGACGAGGGCUAGAGAAAACAGAAGAGGAAACCGAGUUAGAAGCUAACAGUUUGUUUCGCCAAAAGGUUGAAGAAUCAUACAAAAGGAUGGAAAACCCUGGAUGCCAGGAGGUUGAUGCCAGCUCCUCCAGGGAAGAGGUUCUGAGAACUGUUUUGCACCUAAUUAAAAAACACUGUGGUUCAUUAUAGCUGUUUAUGUGUGGCAGCAUUUACAGUGAAUUGCUUAUGUUUCCUCUGUUUUUCUCACCUAGAAAUGCACUGCAUUCAGCUCUUUUCCAUCCAAAUAAGCUGGUUCAAACAGAAGAAUCCUUUCUUUCCUCUAUCCAGUCUAAAUGAUGUUUUUAUACUAACUCAUUACUGCGUAAUAUACUUUGUACAUAGGGCAGAACACAACUCUCAUGCUUCCACCAUUUCUGGUGCAUCCACCAGCAAAUCAUUAGGACCAGUUAUAUGAGAAGGUAAUUGGAAAGUGCUGGCAUUUCUAGCAAUUGUAUUCUGUCACUACAUAGAGAACCUGAUCCUGCAUUCCUUGCGUACCCAAGCUCCAGGUGACUUCAGUGUGCAUUUUGGGUGUUCAUAGUGAUACCGAAUCAAGUGGAGGAUCUGAAACAUGGCCAAGCAGUAAAGCUAUUAAAUCCAACAUUCAGAAACCUGGAAAUCACAGUCCCAGGAUUGGUUACCAAACUAGGCAUUUGGAUAUUAGAGUGACAGGCAUUCUGAAGAAGUGUGAAAUAAAUGAGGGCCUGGUUUUCCUCAAGUGCUGAGUACCAGCAGCUUCUGUUGAAGUCAGUGGAAGCUCUGAGUGCUCAGCCUUCAGUACCAGACUCUGAAAUAUCAGGCCUUGAGUAAAUAAAUUCAAAUAUUUCAAUAUAUACAAAGGAAAGAUCUGAAAUGCAGGUCCAACUAUUUAAAUGAGAGGCAGAUGGAAGGAAAGCAGAGUCUACAUACUGCCACAUUAGAAACAGGGACCUGAAAGGAAAUCAAAAUAGAAAACAUUUUGUAAAUAAUAAACAGAAUAUUUUUCUACACAGACUUUUUCCCAACUAUUGUUAAUCCCUUAAUGUGUUGUUCUGGCCUUUUGAUAGAAUUAAAGCAGAAAGACAUGGAGAAUCUGCUUGUAACAUUCAUCUUUAGUCAUUUUGUCAGCACUUUAUCAGUACAGGCAGUCCCCGGGUUACGUAUGAUAGGGACUGUAGGUUUGUUCUUAAGUUGAAUUUAUAUGUAAGUCAGAACUGGUACAU